AUGGAGACGAGUCAUGUGCCAGGCAGUGAUAACCCAGCGGAUGAUUUGUCCCGCGGGUUGGAACCUGAGGAGUUGCCUCAGUGUAGACGUUGGUGGCAAGGACCAACCUGGUUGUCCUACGGACAGGAGAAGUGGCCUCAAACACCAACACUGAUGAAGGAGAACGAAGCAGACACCGAGGAGCGGUUGACGGUAUCAAAGAUUGUCACUAUCUCGACGACAUGCGACUUCAGCAAUGCACUCUUCGCACGAUAUUCAGCAUACGGCAAACUGCGAAGAGUCGUAGGCUAUUGCUUGCGAUUUUACGCAAACCUGAGGGCCAGCAAAUCAUUUCCCGACGAGCGCGUAAGACAGAUACCAGAGCUAAAGACGAUAGCAGGUUCCGUUCCAUCGCUUACGACAGGCUUGACGCUUACGCUUACGACGGAGUUGCAAAGUGCGGAACUAAGGUUGUGCCAGCUAGCACAACAGGACUCGUUUGUGGAAGAAUUGCAUGAUCUGAAACGAGGGAAGCAGGUGAAUACGAAGUCGAAGCUGAAGUGGUUGUAUCCAUACCUCGAUUCACAGGGUGUGUUACGCGUUGGUGGCCGGCUGGGUAACGCCAACAUACCAGAGUCAACCAAGCACCCGAUUGUCCUCGCAGCAUCACAUCGGUUAUCAACACUACUGGCCGAGAACAUCCAUCGGCAGAAGAUGCAUGCAGGACCACAAUUCAUGCUGGCGACGAUCCAGCAGAAAUGUUGGUUGAUUGGAGGUCGGAAUUUGGUGAAGAACGUGUACCAUCGAUGCCACACAUGCUUCAGGAAUAAGCCGACUUUGGUGAAACAGGCAGUAGCAGACUUGCCUGAAUCACGAGUGACACCAACUCGACCGUUUGCGGUGAGCGGUGUUGACUAUUGUGGCCCCUUCUUAAUAAAGUCGACGGUACGUAAUCGAGCUCCAACUAAAGCGUACAUCGCAAUAUUCGUCUGUUUCGCGACUAGGGCAGUACAUAUAGAACUGGUGAGUGAUCUCACAUCAACUGCAUUUUUGUCAGCACUAAGACGCUUUGUCGCUAGGCGCGGGAUAGUAGCAGAAUUGCAUUCGGAUAAUGCAACCACUUUCAAGGGUGCGUCGCAUGAGUUUCAUCGUAUCUAUAGGAUGCUCAAAACCGAUGAAGGUGAUAGAAGAGAAAUAUUUGAUUGGUGCGCCGAGAACCAAAUAGUAUGGAAGUUCAUUCCUCCGCGUGCACCUCAUUUUGGAGGUUUAUGGGAAGCGGCAGUAAAAUCAGCUAAACGGCAUCUACUCAAGACGAUAGGAGUUAGUAGCGUGACGCAAGAGAACAUGCUUACCCUUCUGGCUCAAAUCGAACAAUGCCUUAAUUCGCGGCCGUUAAUACCCAUGUCCGAUGAUCCGACCGACUUAGAGGCAUUAACUCCGGGCCACUUUCUGAUAGGUAGUAGUAUGCAGGCAAUACCAGAUGUCGAUUUAAGCAAGGUUUCGUCCAACCGUUUAAAGGAGUACCAACUCGUACAAAAGCACAUGCAAGAAAUUUGGGCGCGGUGGUACCCAGAGUAUUUACAGCAAAUACAGGCGAGAGCAAAGCAUGCGAACAACGCACCGGUGAAGCUAGAAGUAAAUCAGUUAGUAAUCAUCAAAGAAGAUAACGUCCCACCUGCAGUUUAG